GGGAGCCAACCCGAGAUGGGCGGGCCCGGGCGAGGCGGGGCGGGGCGGGGCGGGGGCGGGGCCCGGCGCCCAGUCUCUGGUCCGUCGGGGACAGACAAGCGGGCGGGCGCUGACGCCGCGGGGCCGAAGCGGGCCGCCCGAGAGCGCGCGGAGGGAGCGGCGGCGCCGUCUGUCCCCGUCGGGGCUCCGGGGGUCCCCGAUCCGCUCGUGGCUCGGCCAUGGCGGGAGCCAGGCCCGGCGUCCACGCGCUGCAGCUGGAGCCGCCCACAGUGGUGGAGACCCUGCGGCGCGGGAGAGACCUCUAGUCGGAAUCUGGUAACCCUGCGUGUGGAUUCCCAUGGCUUCUUCUUGUACUGGACGGGACCCAACAUGGAAGUGGACACACUGGACAUCAGCUCAAUCAGGGACACACGGACAGGACGUUAUGCUCGCCUGCCCAAGGACCCCAAGAUCCGGGAAGUGCUUGGCUUUGGGGGCCCUGAUGCCCGGCUGGAGGAGAAGCUAAUGACAGUGGUGGCUGGGCCAGACCCAGUAAAUACCACAUUCCUGAACUUCAUGGCGGUGCAGGAUGACACCGUCAAGGUCUGGUCUGAGGAGCUGUUCAAGCUGGCUAUGAACAUCCUGGCUCAGAACGCCUCUCGCAACACCUUCCUGCGAAAAGCAUACACGAAAUUGAAGCUGCAGGUGAACCAGGAUGGACGGAUUCCUGUUAAGAACAUCCUCAAGAUGUUCUCAGCAGACAAGAAGCGAGUGGAGACAGCACUGGAGUCCUGUGGCCUCAAUUUCAACCGGAGUGAGUCCAUCCGGCCUGAUGAAUUUUCUCUGGAAAUCUUCGAGCGGUUCCUGAACAAGCUAUGUCUGCGGCCAGACAUUGACAAGAUCCUGCUGGAGAUAGGUGCCAAGGGCAAGCCAUACCUGACGCUGGAGCAGCUGAUGGACUUCAUCAACCAGAAGCAAAGGGACCCAAGGCUCAAUGAAGUACUGUACCCACCUCUGAGGCCCUCCCAGGCCCGGCUGCUCAUUGAGAAGUAUGAGCCUAACCAGCAGUUCCUGGAGCGCGACCAGAUGUCCAUGGAGGGCUUCAGCCGCUACCUGGGAGGGGAGGAGAACGGCAUCUUGCCCCUGGAGGCACUGGAUCUGAGCAUGGACAUGACCCAGCCACUGAGCGCCUACUUCAUCAAUUCCUCACACAACACCUACCUCACAGCGGGGCAGCUGGCUGGGGCCUCGUCGGUGGAGAUGUAUCGCCAGGUGCUGCUGUGGGGCUGCCGCUGUGUGGAACUGGACGUAUGGAAGGGGCGGCCACCUGAGGAGGAGCCCUUCAUCACCCAUGGCUUCACCAUGACUACUGAGGUGCCGCUGCGUGACGUGCUAGAGGCCAUCGCUGAGUCCGCCUUCAAGACCUCGCCCUACCCUGUCAUCCUGUCUUUCGAGAACCAUGUGGACUCGGCGAAGCAGCAGGCCAAGAUGGCUGAGUACUGCCGCUCCAUCUUCGGGGAUGCGCUGCUCAUCGACCCACUGGAUAAGUACCCGCUGGCCGCGGGCACCUCCCUGCCCAGUCCCCAGGAGCUGAUGGGCCGCAUCCUGGUGAAGAACAAGAAGCGGCACCGGCCCAGCACCGGCCUGCCUGACAGCGGCGUGCGCAAGCGGCCGCUGGAGCAGAGCAACUCAGCCCUGAGCGAGAGCUCCGCUGCCACCGAGCCCUCCUCGCCCCAGCUGGGGUCCCCCAGCUCCGACAGCUGCCCAGCCCUGAGCAAUGGGGAGGAGGUGGGCCUCGAGAAACCUAGCCUGGAGCCCCGGAAGUCUCUAGGGGAGGAGAGCCUGAACCGGGGCUCAGAUGUUCUUGGGCCUGCUGACCGUGAGGACGAGGAGGAGGAUGAAGAGGAGGAAGAACCGACAGACCCCAAAAAGCCAACUACAGAUGAGGGCACAGCCAGCAGUGAGGUCAACGCCACGGAGGAGAUGUCGACUCUUGUCAACUACAUUGAGCCCGUCAAGUUCAAGUCCUUUGAGGCUGCUCGCAAGAGGAACAAGUGCUUUGAGAUGUCCUCCUUUGUGGAGACCAAAGCCAUGGAGCAGCUGACCAAGAGCCCCAUGGAGUUUGUGGAAUACAACAAGCAGCAGCUCAGCCGCAUCUACCCCAAGGGCACACGUGUGGACUCCUCCAACUACAUGCCACAGCUCUUCUGGAAUGUGGGCUGCCAGCUCGUGGCACUCAAUUUCCAGACCCUGGACUUGCCAAUGCAGCUCAAUGCGGGUGUGUUUGAGUAUAACGGGCGUAGUGGGUACCUGCUCAAGCCCGAGUUCAUGCGGCGGCCAGAUAAAUCCUUCGACCCCUUCACGGAAGUCAUCGUGGACGGCAUCGUGGCCAAUGCUUUGAGUGUCAAGGUGAUCUCGGGGCAGUUCCUGUCUGACAGGAAGGUGGGCAUCUAUGUAGAGGUGGACAUGUUCGGACUUCCUAUCGAUACACGGCGCAAAUACCGCACUCGGACAUCUCAGGGAAACUCCUUCAAUCCCGUCUGGGACGAAGAAAUCUUUGAGUUCCCCAAGGUGGUGCUACCCACCCUGGCCUCGCUUCGCAUUGCGGCCUUUGAGGAGGGCGGCAAGUUUGUGGGGCACCGGAUCCUGCCUGUCUCUGCUAUCCGCUCAGGGUACCACUAUGUCUGCUUGCGGAACGAGGCCAACCAGCCGCUGUGCCUGCCAGCCCUGCUCAUCUACACAGAGGCCUCUGACUAUAUCCCGGGUGACCGCCAGGAUUAUGCAGAAGCCCUGAUCAACCCCAUCAAGCAUGUCAGCCUGAUGGACCAGCGGGCCAAGCAGCUGGCUGCCCUUAUUGGGGAGAGUGAGGCUCUGGGUGGCACAGAGACCUGUCAGGAGGGCCCGUCCCAGCAGCUGGCCUCCCAGCCACCCUCAAAUCCUACACCCAGCCCUAUGGAUGCCUCUCCGCGCCGACCCCCUGGGUCCGCUACCUCUCCCACAAGUACCUCCCUCAGCAGCCCAGGGCAGAGGGAUGAUCUCAUUGCCAGCAUCCUCUCAGAGGUGGCUCCCAUCCCCCUGGAUGAGCUUCGAGGCCACAAGGCUUUGCUGAAGCUCCGGAGCCGGCAAGAGCGAGACCUGAGGGAGCUGUGCAAGAAGCAUCAGCGGAAGGCCAUUGCCCUGACCCGCCGCCUGCUCCAGGGCCUGACGCAGGCCCGGCCUGUGCCUGGGGUCCUGGGCAGGGCUGCUGACUCAGAAGACAUGAAGGAGGAGGAGGAGGUGAAGCAGUACCGAGAGUUCCAGAACAGGCAGGUGCAGAGCCUGCUGGAGCUAAGAGAGGCCCAGGCGGAUGUGGAGGCUGAGCGCAGGCUGGAAUACCUGAGGCAGACUCAGCAGCGGCUCAGAGAGAUUGUGGUGGAAGCACACACAGCUCAGUUCAAGAGGCUGAAGGAGAUGAAUGACAGAGAGAAGAAGGAGCUGCAGAAGAUCCUGGACAGGAAGCGCCAUAACAGUAUCUCAGAAGCCAAGACGAGGGAGAAACAUAAGAAGGAGGCGGAACUGACAGAGAUCAAUCGGAGGCACAUCACUGAGUCGGUCAACGCCAUCCGUCGGCUGGAGGAGGCCCAGAAGCAGCGGCAUGACCGCCUGGUGGCUGGGCAGCAGCAGGUCCUACAGCAGCUGGCAGAAGAGGAGCCCAAACUGCUGGCCCAGCUGACCCAGGAAUGUCAGGAUCAGCGGGCGAGGCUGCCCCUGGAGAUCCGCCGGAGCCUGCUGGGCGAGACGCUGGAGGGGCAGGUGGAUGGGCCGCUGGUGGCCUGUGCCAGCAAUGGUCACGCAGCUGGGAGCAGUGGGCACCUGUCUGGUACUGACUUGGAGAGCCAGGAGGAGAACACACAGCUUUGAACUGGCUGAGCAGGAAUGGCCACCGAGUCAGGAUGAGGAGACUAAGGUCCUGAGUGGAAGUCACAAACGCUGGGCAACAACUAACUGGAGAUGCCCUGACCUGGAGGCAGGGUAGCGUGGACCCUCUGUGGCCCACUGUCUUCGGCCAGCCUAGAGGACCUGCUUCAUGCUCGGGACCAGCGCUCGGAGGGUGCGGCUGCUCUGCAGUAGGGUCAGGCUGGCACCUCUUCAAGGCCUCUCCCUGCUUCCUGGCGCUUCCCAGGCUGGCUGCUCCCUCCUCCAGAGGAAGGGAGCCUCUUAUCUGCACUUAUCGCCUGCCAAUGGAGUGUUUUCUUUGCUUUGUUUUUGCUGCAGCCUCAGGCAAACAGAUGGGGUGGAGAGGCUGGAGAAACUGGGUGGCCAGAGAGGGGCCUUCCCAGGCUGGGACCUCUGCCCCCAAGCACUUCUUCAGGACACAGUACCACUGCCAGGCUUUUCUCCGGCUAUGAGACCUCCCAUCCUUUUACCCCAUUUGCUGGCUUAGUUCCCCAGCAUCAAUUCUCAUUUCCCUGACAGACUGACCAGCAUUUACUCAAGCACUCCAAAUUGGUCCUCGGUUCUCAAAAUCCCUGCUGUGCCCGGUGAGCCCCUCAGAAUCCUAGGGCUGUGCCCUCAGGCACAGCCUGAGGUUCAGGGCUGUGAACCUUUCCCUGGGUUCACUCUGCAGGAGUCACAGUCCAAGACACCCCCACCCCUUUUUGGUCAGGUAAUGCUGGAGCUCCACACCUCCCUGCCUCAGGUUCCUGGAAGCAUGAACAAGCCGGGCAGUGGCGCAGUCCCUGCCACUCGAGCUCAAGGCACUGGCCAGGGCUAAUCAGGGGCCAAUAAAUCUCUUGGACUCAU